AUGGCGAAGAUAUUGUUAGUUCUGGUGUUUUCGGUGGUGUUGGCUCUGCCAUUCCCUUCGGUUUUGGGCCAGGAGGAUUGGCAGGAUCUGUUGGACCAGGGAGGGUUCUCCCAGGACACAUUGGACCAGGCCCAGAAGGCUAUUGGUGGGACCGCGGCCCAAGCGGCUAUGGAGGAUUACUUCGGCGCAGCCCUAAGGGCCGACCGUUCUUAUUCUAAUCCGAUUGAAGAUGAAGGCGAAGGGGCAUCCUUAGCUGACUUUUUAGACACCGACCAUAAUACAAACGCCGACGCGGGAAUUUCAGACCAAGGAACAGUAGCAGAUUCUCCAGUUGGAGCACCAGAUAUUUUACCUGAUGAUGACGACGACGUCGAUUCUUCUCCUGCGGGAGCACCAGAGGGUUCUUUCUCACCUGCAGGAGCACCAUCCGAGGAAGCAUCUACUGAAGCACCAACCAAUGCGCCAGUAGAAGCACCUCAAUUCGAUGAUUUUGUGGGAGGUGAACGGGCACCAACAAAUGCACCUUCGGGGGAACCAGAUGAUGAAGAUGAAUUUGAUGAUUCCCACUCUUCACCACCCACCAAUGCUCCCACAGGGGCACCUGAAGGGGGUUCAUAA